UUUAUUAACUUUAUUAAGCUGUCAAGAUGAUGUUAUUGGUGGCUGUUCUUUUUAUGGUUGCCCUUUCCCAGGGUGCAGUACCAUGCAAAGACAGAAGCAAUCAAUGUGCUUACUACAAAUCAACUGGAUGGUAUGUAUGUGGUGUGGGAAGUUAUAUGUAUGAUUAUUGCAAAAAGACUUGUGGCUACUGCAAUGGUGGGCUUAUACCAACACCUAAAUCUGGUUGCCAUGACUUUGAAAAGAAUUGCAAGACAUGGGUAAAAAUGGGAGAAUGUCAAUCUAACACGAAGUUCAUGUCACAGUAUUGCUGCAAAUCUUGUCAAGGAGUAACGCCAACCAAGUCAGCAAGUACAACAAAAUCAAGCGGUGCAUGCAAAGACAAAAGCAAUCAAUGUGCUUACUACAAAUCAACUGGAUGGUAUGUAUGUGGUGUGGGAAGUUAUAUGUAUGAUUAUUGCAAAAAAACUUGUGGCUAUUGCAAUGGAAAACCAAUACCAACACCCAAGCCAGGAUGCCAUGAUUUUGAAAAGAACUGCUCCAGUUGGGUUAAAAUGGACCAGUGCAAAAAAAAUCGAAUGUUUAUGUCAAAAUAUUGUUGUAAAGCUUGCAAGCGAUGAUCAUGUCAGCGUGUGUUAAUGUCAAUUAAAUGAAUAUUAUAUGAAUGUAAAAUGUAAAAUCUGCCUAAAUAUCUUGAUGAGACAAAUGUAUCAGCAUA